GUGUUCCUAGAAGAGUUCCUGGACGAAGCGCGCCACAUCGAGGUCCAGGUCCUGGCUGAUGGCCAAGGAGGCUGUGCGCACCUCUACGAGCGGGACUGCAGCGUUCAACUGCGCAACCAGAAGGUCGUUGAAGUGGCGCCUGCGCGCAUCCAUCCAGGGCUCAGGGAGCGAAUCACGGAUUGCGCUGUUCGGCUCCUUCUGAAUUGCAACUAUCGUGGA